AUGGCAGUUUUUCUGCUGCUGCUUGUUGUUUUCUCUCUUCCCUUUGCAAUUUAUCCCAUCCAAACUACUCCAGCAUCUCAUGCAGAAGUUCACAUUGUGUACUUGGGCCACAACAAUGGCCUCAGUCCUUCUCUAACUACACAUUCUCAUCUGCAGCUUCUGUCGAGAGUCUUUACAAAGCCAGAUGAAGCAAGGGAAGCUAUUCUGUACAGCUACAGCUGUGGAUUCUCUGGUUUUGCUGCAUUGCUCAAUUCAACACAGGCUGCCACAUUGUCUGGAACCGAAGGGGUCGUAUCAGUAUUCAGGAGUCGGAUGCUGGAGAUCCAUACAACAAGGAGCUGGGAUUUCAUGGGCCUCCGCCUGCACAUGCAAAUGGAACAAUCAUCGGAAAGGCAUUUGAAAUUUGGAGACGAUGUGAUCGUCGGUGUCCUUGAUACUGGAGUGUGGCCUGAAUCCGAGAGCUUCAGGGAUGACCCCCACUACGGCCCCAUCCCGUCGUCAUGGAAGGGCACGUGCGUGAAAGGCGAGGAGUUCGACCAGGCCACCGCGUGCAACCACAAGCUCAUCGGCGCGCGCUACUACCUCACCGGUUUCGAGCACGAGCUCGGCCCGCUGAACACCAGCGACGGGUCGGAGUACCGGUCGCCGCGCGACCGCGUCGGGCACGGCACGCACACGGCGUCCACGGCCGUCGGGAGCGUGGCGCCCAACGCCAGCUACUUCGGCCUGGGCCGCGGCACCGCCCGCGGGGGCGCGCCCAGGGCGCGGCUCGCGGUGUACAAGGUGUGCUGGUACAAGGACCUGACGGGGCGGUGCAGCGACGCCGACAUCCUGGCCGCGUUCGACGACGCGCUGUGCGACGGCGUGCACGUGGUGUCGGCGUCCCUGGGGUCGCCGCCGCCGCUCAUGCCGCUGCUGUCGACGAGCACCGAGAUCGGGGCGUUCCACGCGAUGCAGCGCGGCGUAGUGGCUGUGUUCUCAGCCGGGAACGACGGGCCGGACGCUUCCAUGGUGCAGAACGUGUCGCCGUGGGGGCUCACCGUCGCCGCCAGCACCAUCGACAGGAGGUUCCCGACGGUGAUCACGCUCGGGAACAACGCCUCCAUCGUGGGGGAGAGCUUCCUUGUGAAAGCCAUGAAUAAUGAUCUGGUAGAUAGCAGCAGCGUCUUCGCCGAUGGGACGUGCACAUUCGAUCAGCUGAUCAACCGCACGGCGGCAUCGGGGAAGAUCGUGCUGUGCUUCGCCACGAUGGGAACGGUGUCCAGCGACGGAGCGGCGCUGGCGGUGUACGCCGGGAAGGGUGCCGGCGUGAUCUUCGCUGACACCAUAAGCCGGACAUCGAGCCAGGAUAGCUUCUGGCCCACGGUCCACGUGGACCUGUACCAGGGCACCCAGAUCCUCUACUACAUCCGCGACUCCAGCAAUCCGACGGUGCACAUAUCUCCGAGCAAGACGGUCGUCGGCGAAACGCCGGCGCCGGCCGUGGCGUACUUCUCUUCCAGAGGGCCGAGCUCCAUCUCUCCAAAGAUCCUCAAGCCCGAUGUGACCGCCCCCGGAGUGAACAUACUUGCGGCAUGGCCGCCCAAGUCGUCGCCGACGGUAAUCCCCCUGGACAAGCGCUCGACGGAGUGGAACUUCGACUCCGGAACGUCCAUGUCGUGCCCGCACGUCUCCGGCAUCGCCGCGGUCAUCAAGUCCGUGCAUCCAACCUGGUCGCCGGCGGCCGUCAAGUCCGCCCUCAUGACCACAGCGUACAUGUACGACGACACGUCGGACGUGAUGCAGGCCGGCGGGACGCUGAAGGCGGCGGACGCCUUCGACGUGGGCGCGGGGCACGUGGACCCGCUGCGCGCUCUGGACCCCGGGCUGGUCUACGACGCGGGCGCGCGCGACCACGUGUUGUUCCUCUGCAGCCUGGGCUACACGGAGGCCGCGAUCCGGAACAUGGUGCUCCCUUGCCCGGAGCUGGACACGAGCUGCCCCGCUGCCGGCGGCGGCGGCGCGUCGGCGCCGGCCCACGCGGACCUCAACUACCCGGCCAUCGUGCUCCCGGACCUGGGCGGCACGGUGACGGUGAAGCGGACGGUGACCAACGUGGGCGCGAACCGGGACGCCGUGUACCGCGUCUCCGUGGCCAGCCCACAGGGCGCACGCGCCGAGGUGUGGCCGCGGGAGCUGGCCUUCUCCUCGCGCCACGGCGGCGGCGGCGAACAGGCCUCCUACUACGUGACCGUCACCCCCGCGAAGCUGUCCCGCGGCCGGUUCGACUUCGGCGAGGUGGUGUGGUCCGACGGCUUCCACCGCGUCCGCACGCCGCUCGUCGUCAGGGUGACCAACCUGCUGGACGACGGCGUCCAGGUCCAGACCGCCAACGCCACGGGCGACGUGCACGGCGCCGAUGGUUCCCAGGCCGCCGCCGCCGCCGUCUAG